UUAUUUUCAUUUUCUGUAUUUCAUAAGAAUGAUACGAUCACACUUCGACGAUCACAAUUACAAACGCAAACAAUAAGCUCUUUCAAUAAAUAAUUUCAUCAACAGAUAAUGAAUUAGCACUAGCAAUUCUUGAAGCCAAUAAAAUUGAUACUACAUAAUUAUUACAUAUUAUUAAUUAUAGUAUGGCGACUAAAUAUGUUUUAUUAAAUAAAAUAUAUUCAAUAGCGACCUCUUUGGUUUGCUUUUCAAAGUAUAUAAUAUCAAACAACGGCUGGCAGCAGCAAAUUGAAACAUCAGAUUUUUUUUGCGUAGCGCCAUCUAUCCAUCAUUUUUAGCUCUAACACUUAGAGCUAUUACUGCAACACUUGCAGUCAAAAAUGUAUCUUUUCGACGUAAAAUAAAAAUUAACAAUGGUUCUAUUUCUCCAAAUCAAGAAACAAAACAUAAUAAAGAUCUUUUUUUAUUCCAAUUCGAAUUUCGUCCUAUGUCAAAGCAUUUAGGUUUGACACAGAGCACGCUAUAAAUGGUACGUCGAAUGGAACGCAAGCCAAACAUAAACAAAGCAUACAGUGAGUCUAACGUCUUACUGACGUUAAUUUGAAAAUCGGAAGAUCCAAAACACUGAAACAAAAGAAUAACAAUAAUAAAAACAGUGAUAACGAUAAAAUAUUUAUCUUGCUUUUAAGAUAGCAUGGUAUAUGGUAUAACAGGACAGAAAACCAGUGUUUUAAAUGUGCAAAAGUGUAUCGACAGGAAAUCCUGCAGGAAAUGAGUGGAACUUGCGGUUUCCAAUCUCGAUGACUAAUGUUUAAUCUAAUAUUUUCACUUAAGCAUAGCCAUGGGAACGACGUACAAAGAGUGUUUUAAAUUAUACGACUUAAUUCAGAACGGCAAGUUCAGUUCAGUGAAGCAUUUCAUAUCUAAAAAUACAACUAACAUCAAUGUGGUGCUACCGUGCAAAGGGAUUGGAGUGCUGCAUCUUGCUGUUGGUAUUGAGCCUUUAGAAAAAUCAAAGGAAUGCACAGAAUUGCUCCUGAAGAAGGGAGGUGAUCCUAAUCUUUGUAAUGACGACGGUGUAACUCCGGUACACAUAGCGGCGAUAUGGGGCCGCGUCGACAACCUGAAACUCUUGCUCGGCUGCGGAGGAGAUCCCUAUGUACGGGACCUCGACGGGCUGACUGCCUUUGACUACGCUGCCAGAGAACAGCAGUGGAACGUAUUUGACUACCUACAGAAUGUAGUGGACGAAUCCAAUGACGUGGGCACUGGUUGCGGGUACACUAUGGACUUGGAACGAAUUCUGGUUACAACGGACAAUAUGGUGGCUGAAUACGAACCGAUAACUGACGAACAAAUGCAAAACAAGACGUACAGAAAAUCCGACAUGAUCCGUCAGUGGUUCGACGAUAACAGUUUGGUUAUAAACAAACUGUACCCGACUAUAUUAGGCGAAACGUACCUUAUAGACGACUUCCAAAGUAUCACGUUGGACCUGACCGAAUCGCACGACACGAACAAUACGUUCAGGACUUGCCGAUCGAAUGGGGACGUGGAAAUAAGCGGCGUUAAGCCUCUAGAUUGUACCGUUGACAAAACAGGAGAUCCCAGGAAGCAGAGGUUGAGCGUUUUCGAAAACUUCUCGCUCCCCGGAUCCCCAAAUAACAUAACGCAUAUGAAUUACAAUACGAAAUCGUCUUUAAAGAAAUCAAAAACGAUCGAAACAAAAGAGAUUCCGAGAGAUGACCGCGAACUCGAUAAAGCUAUGGCGGUCGUACAGAAUAGGACAAACGAAUUUCUGUCUUCGACUAAUGUAGAUAGAGUAUGUAAUACAAGGAGAUCGUCUAACAGCAGCGGAGUGAGCAGUAAUUAUUCUGGUGGCAGCAUCACUAUAGCUAGUUUCCACGAGGAAUACAAGUAUGAGGAUAAAGAAGAAGAUGUAGUGCUCGUUGAGAAGAGACUGCGAGUUUCGCCUAUUGUCUUACCCCUGGAAGAGACAGUGGAAUCGAUUGACCAAACAGCAGUUUCGGUGGCAUCUUCCCUACCGACCACGGUACAGUACGACAAUAACACUCUCAGAGCGGAACUCUUGAAGUUAGGCUUCUCGCCGGGUCCCAUACAGGAUUCAACAAGGACUCUUUAUCUAAAGAAAUUGCAAGCCUUGAAGCAAACCCCAGUGGUCGUGAACAGCCAGGGCAAAACGUACAGUGUCGAAUUAGAAAAAUCUCUACGUAACGUUGAUUGGAUGCUGAAUCUCCAACAGUAUGUUGAGUUGGAAAGCAAAGCGCGCGCCGAUUUCGCUAAUCCCAAUAAAAAAUGGCGGGAAGGCACGGCGAAGACUUCCUUCACGUAUCUUCUCUUGGAUCCGCGACUCACGCACAAUCUCCCGGAGAGAGCCAGCAAACAAAACCAACAUGUCUCUUGGGUCACUUUUGUAAACUCCAUAUUUUACGUCGGGAAAGGUAAACGUUCUCGGCCCUAUUCUCACCUAUACCAAGCGCUGACCCUGUGGAAGCGCGACUUCAAAACGUCUAAAGACAAGAAAGUUCAGCAAAUCCUCGACAUAUGGUCGGAUAAGGUGGGCGUAGUUUGUCUUCACAUAUUUCAGAACGUCAUACCGGCGGAAGCGUACACGUACGAAGCGGCCAUGAUCGAUGUGCUCGGAAUAAAUAAUAUUAAGAAUUUGAAGGCUGGCAACUAUUACGGUGUUGCCGCCUCCUGGCCGUUGAAAGAGAGAAGGCUGCUCGGUUUGUACUUAUUGUACAAGGCCAUGCUGAUCUUCCUUAGCGAGGGCGAAAGACAAUUAAGGCCUGAUGAUAUAGACUGAAAUAUUUAUUUAUUUAUAUUUGUAAUAUAUAUUUUUAUUAAUUGACAUUUUCCAUUUGGUAAAGAAAAUCCAUUCGCGGAAACAAACGAAACUAACCAAAAUUUCACAACCUAGGUGAGGUCGGUAAAUGCCGCCACAACACACCUUGAGAUAUGGGUUCUAAGGUCUCAAUAUAGUUACAACGGCUGCCCCACCCUUCAAACCGAAACGCAUUACUGCUUCACAGCAGAAAUAGGGAGGGUAGUGGUACCUAC